GAAUUUUUCUGAAUUUGUCACCGGAUAACGUCAAUUUUUUUUAAAUUGUGGUUAACGAAAGAAUGCAGUGAUUCUGAGGUUUCAACAAUAAAUAUUUGUUUAUUAUCAUGGCUUCCUCCCUGGUAGGCCCCAAACCGAAUACAGUUCAGAAUAUUAAAUACUCCGGUUCUGAUGCUGAAUUUUGUACGGAUGUUACGGGUGAAACCGUAAUUAUUUCCAGCAAUGAUGGUAGUCAUACUCAUGGAAGCUCCAAACUGAAGUUAAUAGAUAGAAUAGAUUAUAAUUGGGAAUUUCGUUAUUAUCAUGGGCACCUUGUGGCAGCUCAUAAUAAUGGAAAAGUUAUUGCCUAUGCAAUGAAAGGAAAGGAUGGUGGUAUGGUGAGAGUAACCAACCAAGAAACUGGUACAAGAGCUCUAAUAAAGAAUUUUAAAGACGAUAUUAAGGACAUUGCUUUUGCCUAUUUAAGAGACGAAAUUAUUUUGGGUUGCGUAGAUAGUGAAGGAAAUGUAUUAGUCUACAAAAUAACUGAUGAAACGAAGUCAAUAUCAUAUACAUUACUUUUACAUGUAUAUCAUCAUCGUUCAAAUAUAUCGAAAAUUAAUUAUAGACUUAUAUGGUGUCCUUAUAUGGCGGUUGACGAUGAUGAAGCUAGUGAUGAUCCAGAAAAAAUGUUUGUAGUACUUAAUGGAAACAGAGCCGCAAUAUACAAUUUAAGUAUGUUAAGUGAAAAAUGUCAUGUAAACAAUUCAAUCGAUCCUGACGAAACCUUUGAAGGCUACAUAGAAAUUAAUCACAACGCUGAAGUAAUAGAUGCUGCAUUUUCUUCAGAUGGUAGUCACAUAGCGAUAGCAACUGGUGAUGGAUAUGUUAAAUUUUUUCAAUUAUAUAUGUUUAACUCGGAGAAGCAAAAAUUUCUUUAUGAGUGGCAACCUCAUGGUGGUACUCCUCUUUCGUCCCUUAUAUUUAUAGAUAAAAUCUUGGAGUAUAGUUCAGAGUGCUGGAAAUUUACAAUAACAGGAGCAAACGAUAAUUCUGAAAUCAAACUGUGGUCUUGCGAAACUUGGACCUGUUUACAGACAAUCCACUUUAAACCCCAUCCUAAUUCAAUAUCUGGCCUGUACCUCAACGUGUCAAUUGACUAUAGCGGCCAAUAUCUACUGGUAUCAGAUAUUAAUUACAGAGUUUUAUACGUGUUAGAAUUAAACAGAAAUGACAAAGAACAAAUGGUACAAGUCACAAGGAUAGCGGGGUUUUUAUUACCAGCUCCUUUCUUGAGUUUUCACAUAUUAGAAGCUACUAGUCGCACAAUGCCAUUUUCUUACAAUAAUAGUACAGAAGAUGAAUUUUAUGAAGAGAGAGAUGAAUUUGAUGAAGAUUCAGAGAGGACGGCAAUUUGCUUGAAGAUGUUAGUUAUACAACCUAAGAAGUUUCAAGAAUGUAAUAUAGUUUUCCAACCUGAAACUAUGUUUUAUAAUACGUUAAAUAGUUCUGCAGAAGUGGUGGAGAAAAACGAAAAAUUCCCCAAAUUGGACGAUCUACAAGAGUCAGUAUCAUUGCUCAUACAACAAAAAAGCAAUUCAAAUUUAACUUUAAUGACACCAGAUGACUUUACACCUUCAGGGCGAAAUACUCGACCGAACAGUGUUAGAAAUGAAACAAAUAAUUCUUUAGACGCAUCUAUAGCAGAAGUAAACGAUGUCGUCGUUGAUAAUCUUAUAGAUUUCCAAAGACCUCAAAAAGACAAUUUUGCCAGUGGUGGAUCCAGUCCGAGCAGAGAGGUGCAAGAAAUAUUAUCUUUGAACAAUUCUACGUACAGCACUCAAGACUUCUUUGACAAUCUUCCCAAACUUCAAGACAAUCAAGAGGAGCCCCAAAAAGACUACUCAAAUCAGACUAGCCUUAACUAUCCGGAAAAGAUCACUAACGAAUCAGUUUGGCAAAAUGUACCUGUGGUUCCAGAAAAUGAGAUUAUAAAAGACGAAGCUCUAAGAAAAGAAUUAAGAUUAAGUGUAGGUGACGAAAAAUCACAGUUGCAACUACUAGGAUAUCGCAUUAAUGCCUUAGAAAACAUAGUGCGAGAACAAAACGGUCUUAUAGAAAAAAUCCAUGGUGAGAAAAAAGAAUUGGAUUUGGCCGUAUCAAAUCAACAACUACAAAUUAUGAAGAUGCUAGAAACGCUCGUUAACAUGCAGAAGACCAGUGAACGAGAUUUACAAGAGAACAUUUUGACUGGGGUCAGUCAAAUUUUCACGAAAUCCUUAGCGGACAAAGUGCAGCAGAUCCUUGCGAAUGAAGUUAAGAUGAUUAUUUUGCCAGCUAUUCAAAGUCAAGUAGAGUCGUACAGACAUCAGCUUGAAAGUCAAUAUGCUCAAAAAAUAAGUCAUACUGAUAUGAUGUUAAGAGAUAAUAUUGCGAAAGCUUUUAAUAAUAAGGCACUGGCAGAUACUCUUAGCUUGUCCGUUGUAAACAUCGUAGCACCUAGUCUUGAAAAAUGUUAUCGGGAUAUAAUUUCUUCAUCUUUAAUUCCGUCUUGGGAACGAGUAUGUGGCCAAAUGUUCCAACAAAUUAACGAAACAUUUACUCGAGGUACCAAAGAAUAUACUGCAUCAGUAGAAAGUUACAUGGACAAACAAAGAAGAGUACAGGAGAAGGGAAAAGAUUUGAUAGUACAAAUGCAAAAUGUCUCAGAAACCAUGAAAAGCAAUGCUGACAAACUAACUAGCAAUUUGACGACUGAGAUACAUAAACAGUUUCAAACGGUUUUUAAAAGUAUGAACGAUAAGCUUACGAGUAAUAUACGGGACAUUGUGAUAGAACAGGUAAAACAAGGAUUCAAAAGUCACGCCACAGUCAUAGAAGACAGUGUUAUGAAUGCAGUCCGAUCAAGGGCAGUUACUCCAUCACCACUUCUGGAUUCUCAUGUGACUACGUUGAACCAGAUUCAACUUUUUAUAUCAAGGCACAAUUAUAACGAUGCCUUUCAAAUAGCGUUAAGUGCCGAAAAUUUGGGUUACGUUAUUCACGUGUGUGAACGCGUUGACAUACAAACCUUGUUUGGCGAAGAAUGUCUUUUGCAACAAACUUGUCUAUUAGCCCUUAUUCAACAACUGAGCUUGGAGUUAAAUAAGAAUACAGAUCUGAAAUUGAGUUACAUUCGUGCUGCGUUCCUGUCUUUAUCGCCAGAUUGUACAGCAACAAAACAUUUCAUUCCAAAGGUUUUGAAAGAUUUAUUAAAACAGCUGAACCUUUUUAUUCAGUCGAAUCCACCAGUAAAACAAUUAAAAGAAGCGAAACUUCUUAAAAUGGCUGUGGAAAGCAUGUUAGUUAAGUGAUAUAUGUUAUUUUUAUACUAUUAUUGUAAAAAAGUCUUGUUUAU